GGUCCUUGAGCUUUAAUCCACACCCACGCGGGCCAUUUACAUUGCCUAACCGCUCGGAGUACCCAACAAGUUCUGUGCGGUGGCCAGCGAGUGCAGCCAUUGUCAGGUCGUGUUUACUAAAGAGUCCCAUCUAAGUGCUCCUCAUAUCUUACACUCAGAGAUGAAAUUCGCCGUUGGUAUCAUCUUCCUCGCCACCCAGCUCGCUGGGGGUCUCUGUGUCGCCGUUCCCAACAGUGAUGCCGCUGCAGAAUGUGGCGCCCUCGGUGUCAUGGUAGCCGACGAGAGCAACCAUGCGGGCACCAUCCGUAAAUGUGCCGACCAUCCCAUUGAAGAUCGCAGAAAGACAUGGCAAUCCCUAGCACCGUUCGACCAUGUCAACGCGACAAGUUCAACCAGCACCUUGACCGCUAGAAGCGAUGAAGCGUGCUUCUAUGACGCGCCUUACGGCUGUUCAGGAGGAAGCUGUUGGAAGAGUUGUGGCACCCCUGGCGAUGGGAAGUGGUGUUGGACAGCUGAUGGCGAUGGCUCUGGGCCAUGGUUGUCGUGCUCGACGUACUCUGAUUGCAAUCCGAAUGCAGCGUGUGGGAAGGGGAUUGGGUGCGCUAGGUGCGGCUGUGGCUGCUAAGGUUUAUCGAAAUAGACAACGGUGCAGUAGAUAAUAAAGCUCUUGGGUACCUAGCACAAAUAGUUCUGUGGCUAUUUCGAGCACAACCACGAAACUUGUUUAUUCCGGAGA